AAGCGGAAGUGGCACGUGGAGGGGCCGGUGGAGGCGCCGGUGAGUAAAUGCCGCAGAUUCUGGAAAGUUCUCCUCAGUAGGCUACAUAAGGCUGAGCGAUUGGGACCUCCCCUUUUGGAUUGGUAGCUGAGCGGCGGCGGCGGCAGCGUUAGCGGCGGCGGCUGCGUGCGAGAAGGCGAGCUGCGAGCGGUGGCAGAGGCUGAGUGCAGGCUCGCGGGGUAAGCCUGAAGCAUCUUCCCGGCCGGUCGGGAGCAGGAGGCGCACGCAGCGGACCCGAGGCGGAGGCUGACCGGGCCAGCCAUGUCGGUGGUGGGACUAGACGUGGGCUCACAGAGCUGCUACAUCGCGGUGGCGCGGGCCGGGGGCAUCGAGACCAUUGCCAACGAGUUCAGCGACCGCUGUACCCCGUCAGUCAUAUCAUUUGGACCAAAAAACAGAACAAUUGGAGUCGCAGCCAAAAAUCAGCAAAUCACUCAUGCAAACAAUACAGUGUCCAGCUUUAAGAGGUUUCACGGCAGAGCGUUCAGUGACCCCUUCAUUCAGAAGGAAAAGGCAAGCCUGAGCUAUGACUUGGUCUCAAUGAAGAAUGGAGGCGUUGGAAUCAAGGUCAUGUACAUGGAUGAAGAGCAUCUCUUUAGCGUGGAGCAGAUAACAGCCAUGUUGCUGACUAAGUUAAAGGAAACUGCAGAAAACAACCUCAAGAAGCCAGUAACAGAUUGUGUCAUUUCAGUCCCCUCCUUCUUCACAGACGCUGAGAGGAGGUCUGUCCUGGAUGCUGCGCAGAUUGUGGGCUUGAACUGCUUACGGCUCAUGAACGACAUGACAGCUGUUGCUUUGAAUUACGGCAUUUAUAAGCAGGACCUGCCAGGCGCAGACGAGAAGCCUCGGGUAGUGGUGUUUGUGGACAUGGGGCACUCCUCUCUCCAGGUGUCUGCCUGCGCCUUCAACAAAGGGAAACUGAAGGUUCUGGGCACAGCAUUUGACCCCUUCUUAGGAGGAAAGAACUUUGAUGAGAAGCUGGUGGAGCAUUUUUGUGCUGAGUUUAAAACCAAGUACAAGUUAGAUGCAAAAUCUAAAAUCCGAGCCCUCCUUCGUCUCCACCAGGAGUGUGAGAAAUUGAAAAAGCUCAUGAGCUCCAACAGUACAGACUUGCCACUGAACAUUGAAUGCUUCAUGAAUGACAAAGACGUCUCUGGGAAGAUGAACAGGUCCCAGUUUGAGGAACUGUGUGCAGAACUCCUGCAAAAAAUAGAGGUCCCCCUUCAUUCACUGAUGGAACAAACGCACCUCAAGGCCGAAGAUGUGAGUGCCAUUGAGAUAGUUGGAGGUGCCACGAGAAUUCCAGCUGUGAAAGAAAGAAUUGCCAAAUUCUUUGGAAAAGAUGUCAGCACCACACUCAAUGCGGACGAAGCCGUGGCCAGAGGGUGCGCCCUGCAGUGUGCGAUUCUCUCUCCGGCAUUUAAAGUUCGAGAGUUCUCCGUCACAGAUGCCGUUCCUUUUCCAAUUUCUCUGGUCUGGAACCACGACUCAGAAGAGACCGAAGGUGUUCAUGAGGUGUUCAGUCGGAACCAUGCUGCUCCUUUCUCCAAAGUUCUCACCUUCUUGAGAAGGGGACCUUUCGAGCUGGAAGCGUUCUAUUCGGACCCUCAAGGAGUUCCAUAUCCAGAAGCCAAAAUAGGCCGUUUUGUUGUUCAGAAUGUUUCUGCACAAAAAGAUGGAGAAAAGUCUAAAGUGAAAGUCAAAGUGCGUGUGAACACACAUGGCAUCUUCACCAUCUCCACGGCAUCCAUGGUGGAAAAGGUCCCAACUGAGGAGGACGACGGGUCUUCUGUCGAGGCAGACAUGGAGUGUCCAAACCAGAAACCAGCAGAAAGCUCGGAUGUGGAUAAAAAUAGCCAGCAAGACAACAGUGAAGCUGGAACACAGCCCCAGGUACAAACUGAUGCUCAGCAAACCUCACAGUCUCCCCCUUCACCUGAACUUACCUCAGAAGAAAACAAAAUCCCAGAUGCUGACAAAGCAAAUGAAAAGAAAGUUGAUCAGCCUCCAGAAGCCAAAAAACCUAAAAUAAAAGUGGUAAACGUUGAGCUGCCUAUAGAAGCCAACUUGGUCUGGCAGCUAGGGAGAGACCUUCUUAACAUGUACAUUGAGACCGAGGGGAAGAUGAUAAUGCAGGACAAACUGGAGAAGGAGAGAAACGACGCUAAAAACGCAGUGGAGGAGUGUGUGUACGAGUUCAGGGACAAGCUGUGUGGACCAUAUGAGAAAUUCAUAUGCGAGCAGGAACAUGAGAAGUUCCUGAGGCUUCUCACAGAGACAGAAGACUGGCUGUAUGAGGAAGGAGAGGACCAGGCCAAGCAAGCAUAUAUUGACAAGCUGGAAGAGCUGAUGAAAAUGGGUACUCCUGUUAAAGUCCGGUUUCAAGAAGCUGAGGAACGGCCGAAAGUAUUGGAGGAGCUGGGGCAGCGGCUGCAGCACUAUGCCAAGAUUGCAGCGGACUUCAGAGGCAAGGAUGAGAAAUACAACCACAUUGAUGAAUCUGAAAUGAAGAAGGUUGAGAAGUCUGUUAAUGAGGUGAUGGAGUGGAUGAAUAAUGUCAUGAAUGCUCAGGCUAAAAGGAGUCUUGACCAGGACCCUGUUGUGCGCACUCAGGAGAUAAGAGCGAAAGUCAAGGAACUGAACAGCGUUUGUGAGCCUGUUGUAACUCAACCCAAACCAAAAAUUGAAUCACCUAAACUGGAGAGAACUCCCAAUGGCCCAAAUCUUGACAAGAAAGAUGAUUUAGAAGGCAAAGAUAAUUUUGGUGCUGAAGCCCCGCAUCAGAAUGGUGAAUGCCACCCUAACGAAAAGGGCUCUGUCAACAUGGACCUGGACUAGGCUCUGCACCAGCUUCCCCUCCAAGUCAUGAAAUGUUUGCCAUAGUAUGUGACUCUGUACAACAGACUUGAGUAUUUAUAUUUUCUUUCUUUUUUUUUAAGACUGUCUAGAAAUUUUGUGUAUUAUAUGGGGGAAAAGAAAAGCUUGAGUGUAGUCUUUGACCCUAAGGGAGAAUGACCUUGGUGACAGAGUCCUGUGGCAGUGUGACCCACACUGAAUGCUGUGCAGUGUUGCCGCUUGGACCGCUGAGGAGUUGAGUCUCUUUGGAGGAGACAGACUGCCUGCUUUUCAAGCGCUCCGUGAUUGGAAUCUCGGAGCAGUGCUUCUCACCAAGGUGGUUUUUUUUUUCUUUUGCAUUUUUCUCUCCAUUUCCGCAUGUGUGUGGCUGUGGGUGUUUAUAAAUGAGAUUAAGUCUGAUUUGUAAGGGCUUUCAAAAAUUAAGUCUGCCCCAUAGAGUGAUUUUGCUUCCAUUAUUACACAUUCAGCGAGUGCAACGCAGCUAGUGACCUGUAGCAGCAUGCAGAGCAGGCUGUAACCAUCACCACAGUGCACUGUCCCGUGGAGGUGCGACAGACACGGGAGAUGUAUGGAUCAUGUGAUCAUUGUGACCAUCUCAUGAGCUUUAGAAUAAAGUUCACCCUGUGGUUGGUGUCAUUUCUAAACGG